AUGACGAGCGGCUUACGGCGGCUGGCGGACGCUUCGGCGUCCGGGUCCUCCGCUGCAGCAUCGUCUUCCUCGUCGGACUUCCCCUACGCAAUCGUGAUCGGUGCAGCUGUGGGGUUUCUUGCCAUAAUCCUCAUCGUGGUGGGGCUCUUCUUCUACUGCAAAGAGCGCAAACGCAACAAGGAGUUGGCACUCGAGCCGUACGUCAACCUAGCGCCUAAUCCGCCUGCAAGUCAGCUAUCCCCGGGCAUCGCUACGGCCGCUAACCAGCACUCCGACCGCAACCCGACGAAACUGCAGCUCUCUGCGUCGAUGGAUGCCCACGCAGGCUUCUACGUCAUGACGUCGCCUGUGAACUCCAGUUCUUUGCCUCCCGCAGUGCUUAAACCCACGGGAAGCCACGGAUCAUCCAGUAUGGACCAUUUCUUCCUAGCUAGCGACCCGUCAAUGCAAAAGUCGAGCUUUGAACGGAGUUACGAGGACACGCAAGACCUCGACUCGUUUGAUACAUCGGCACGAAGCAGAAUUAACUCGUUUGAGGCGCAUGAAAGCUUCAGACGUGCUAUGGGGUACAGUGACAGCACGAGUAGCAGUGCUCGCACUGCAAACAGCAACAGCAACAACAACGAUUCGGCGUGGCCGAGCUCUGGCCGUGGGGGGCUAUGGGACGACCCUGCCAUUGUAGCAGCGCGUAUUCCGAUGGAUAGAAUAACCCCAGGCGACGUUAUCAGCCGCGGGGGAUUCGGUGAAGUGCUCAGAGGUACAUACAAAGAGCGGGAUGUAGCCAUUAAGAGGCUAUUGCCCGAAUCGAGGAAAGAUUUGGCCAAGAUCGAAGAGUUCCUGGCCGAAGUCAAGCUGCAGGCGGCGUUAGAACACGAACGGAUAGUCCGAUUCGUGGGUGUGGCCUGGGACUCCCUUACAGACUUGUGCGUCGUGUCCGAGUUCAUGGACGGGGGUGAUCUGCGUGCUCUGUUGAUCAAGUUUGACGAAUUGGACCGUCGCCCAAUGGGUUUUGACGCUGAAAAGGCCCGAAUCGCACUGGAUGUGGCACAUGCACUCACAUAUUUGCACUGUUUAGACCCCAUGGUUUUGCAUCGCGAUCUCAAGUCCAAGAACAUUUUAUUAGACAAAAGUUGGCGCGCCAAACUCACGGACUUUGGCGUGUCGCGAGAACGCAGCGACCGCACGAUGACUGCAGGCGUGGGGACGUCUCUGUGGAUGGCGCCCGAGGUCAUGAUGGGCGAGCGAUACGACGAGAAGGCCGACUUGUUCUCCUUUGGCGUCGUUCUCAGUGAACUGGAUUCUCACAAACUUCCCUAUGCAAGUGCAAAGGUCACUGAAACGGGGCGUGUUAUCCCGGACACAGCAAUUUUGCAACUUGUGUCCUGUGGGAGACUCCGUGUGGAAUUCACUCCUCCAGCUUCUCCAGCACUGGAAGCAAUGGUGCAUCUAGGCAAGGCCUGUGUGGAUUUCGAGCCCGAUGCACGACCUACCGCCUCGCAAGCGCUGUACCAGAUGCAGCUCGUUAUGCGCGCGUUUGCGCAGGAAGAAACCGAAGAGUCUUAUGUCUUCUGA